AAACAAAAACGGUGUUAAACAUUGUUGACGCGACAGACCGGCACUGAGUACUACAUAGUUUAGAUCAAUACUUAAAUCGAGAAAAUGUUUAUAGACAAAACUUCACGGUACAUUCCACAACUUCUUCUUCUGUUAUCCUUGGUCCACACCAUUGCCAUGAGUUCUCUUGCUGAAGGCACUCCUGGAGUCUGCCACUUGAAACAAUACUUCAUUCUAAGAAACCCUCACUCUGGACUUGUACUAGAAGGCACUUCCCCGUACGUAAGAAUACAGCACUACAUCGGCGUUGAUACCCAGCUAUGGUCCCUCGAAUAUCUCCCCGGUGGUUUGGUCCACAUCAUCAAUAAAAGCAACCGGUAAAAAUGUACCCUCUUCUAACCCAAAUGGUGAUUAGAUACAAGGGGUUUUUGCUUUAGUUAGAAGGAGUCAUUUUUGAAAACUGUGGAAGAUGUAAAUAUUUGUUAUUGAAUAAACAAACUGCAUUGCAUGUUUUGCAGUGCAGCGCAUUUAAAAUGGAGUGUAAUUAAAAUAACAAAUCAUGUGUUUCGUAAUUUAAUACUGAAGUAGAUAUCGUAAGAUUUAUGGUUUUUCAAAUAACAUCAGGCGUAUUGCAGCUGAAAUCUAAUACAGUGAAACGUACUUUAACAGCAAAAUAAGUGUGGUACAGUUAUGUGUCUUCGCAAACAAAUAAGGUUUAUGUGGUUCAUUCUUGCCAUAGCUUUUUCUUCAUGUGAAAAACCUUUCCAUCCGGAAGAUGAGUACUUCAUAAUUCGAAACCCCGCGUCUGGACACGUCUUAGAAGCCAGUAACGACUUUGUAAAUCUCCAACUAUUCACUGGAUUUAAAUCGCAGCAAUGGAGACUGGAACCAGUGAGAGGAGGUCUGCACUAUAUUAUUAAUAGGGGCACAGAAAAAGUGAUGGAUUUAGACUAUGGGUCUUUACUAAACAAGACUAAGAUAUUAAUACGGGAAAGAACGACUAGUAGUGUUAGCUGUCCGACAAAAGAGCAAGUGAAUGUUGGUGCUUGCCAGAAGUGGUACAUUCAGUAUGGAGGGGUUAUCGUCAACGUUUGCGGUAAAUAUGCACUGGAUAUUCAAGGAGGUCUUAAUUUACCUGGGGAUUCGUUGCAAACGUUUCCUUUGCACGAGAAAGACAACCAGAAGUUUAUUUUCCAGUACUUAUGAUUUUUGAAAUGAUCGUCUUAGUGUCAGUAAUUAAUUCUUAUUUCAUUGUAAUAUGAAAAACAGUUCUACAAUAAAUCUUCCCUGAAGAACUUCUUA